AUGGCUUCUUUCAAAUUUCUUAUAUUCCUUUCGUCUCUCCUCGUGAUUUCGUUGCUUAGCCUUGCCAGUGGCAAUGAAGCAGCACCCACUUACAGCUAUUACUUUUGCUCAAACACAACCUUCACCGCCAACAGCACCUACCAAUCCAAUCUCGACCUCGUCCUCUCUUCUCUUUCCUCUAAAGCCACUCCGGUCACUGGGUUCUCCAACGCCUCCGCUAGCGAGGUCUCCGGGCUAUUUUUGUGCCGUGGCGACGUCAACACCACAGUCUGUCAAGACUGCGUUGCCAACGCAGCCAAAGAGAUACCACGACGCUGCCCCUUUCAGAUAGGGGCUAUAAUAUGGUACGACGAGUGCUUGUUACGUUACUCCAACGAAUCCAUCUUCGCCACCAUGAAAGACGCGCCCGUGAUAUCCCAGCCGAACACGCGGGUUAUCCCAGAGGCAGAGAUAGGCCGCUUCAACGAGUUGAUGGGCAGGAUAAUGAAUUCGUUGGCGACUCUUGCGUCGAAUUCUUUGACGGGAAAGAAGUUUGCGACGGGGGAAGAGGAAUUCAACAGUUCACAGGCGCUGUCACAGACGCUGUACAGCCUCGUGCAGUGCACUCCGGACCUGACUGUGUUCGAUUGCUAUAAAUGUCUCCGAGGCGCCAUAGGAUUUCUUCCUUCGUACUGUAAAGGAAAACAAGGCGGAAGGGUUCUGAUACCAAGUUGUAAUAUUAGAUAUGAAUUGUACCCAUUUUACAACUUCACAGCUGCUUCGCCUGCAUUUCCUCCUCUUCCUCCAGGAGGAAGCAAAAUGUCGUCGCUGACAAUUGUCGCCAUUGUUAUCCCAAUUGCUGUGAUCUCUGUGGUUCUUUUAUUCAUUGCCUAUUCCUUCCUUCGGAGGAGACCAAGGAAGAAACACUACACUUUAUCCGAAGAAAAUGUUGGAGAUGAAAUUACAACCAUAGAGUCCUUGCAAUUUGAUUUGGAUAUAAUUGAAGCUGCCACGGACAAGUUCUCAGAUGAUAACAAGAUUGGUGAAGGAGGAUUUGGCGUGGUUUAUAAGGGUACCUUUUUUAAUGGACAACAAAUUGCCGUGAAAAGGCUAUCCGGAAGACACGGACAAGGUGCAACAGAAUUCAAGAAUGAGGUUGUAUUGAUAGCCAAGCUUCAUCACAGAAAUCUAGUGAGGCUACUAGGAUUUUGCGAGGAAGGAAAAGAAAAGUUACUUGUCUAUGAAUACGUGCCCAACAAAAGCCUCAAUUACUUUUUAUUCGAUCCUGUAAACCGAAGACAAUUGGAUUGGUCAAGACGUUACAAGAUUAUUGAAGGAAUAGCUCGUGGGAUUCUUUAUCUUCAUGAAGAUUCUCGAAUUAGAAUUAUCCAUCGUGAUCUCAAAGUUAGCAAUAUUUUGUUAGAUGACAAUAUGAAUCCAAAGAUUUCAGAUUUUGGCUUGGCGAGGAUAUUUGUAGCGGAUCAAACUCAAGCAAAUACAAGAAAAAUUGUUGGAACAUAUGGUUACAUGCCUCCAGAAUAUGCUAUGCAUGGCCGAUACUCCGUAAAGUCAGAUGUUUUUAGCUUCGGAGUCUUAGUGCUAGAGAUUAUAAGUGGGAAGAAGAACAGCCGUUCUUAUCAAUCAGAACUUGCUGAGGACCUGCUGAGUUAUGCUUGGAAACAAUGGAGGAGUGGUACACCCUUGGAAUUGUUGGAUCCCACUGUGAGACAUUCUUGUUCAAGAAAUGAGGUCGUGAGGUGCAUCCAAAUGGGCUUAUUGUGUGUUCAGGAAGAUCCUGCAAACCGACCAACAAUGGCAACAAUAGUUCUCAUGCUUAACAGUUACUCUGCAGUUACGCUACCAUUACCUAACCAGCCAGCAUUUUUACUUCAAAGUAGAACCAUGUCGAACAAGGCAGUGGACAAUUCAUCAGUUUCGUUGUCAGUUAAUGAAGCAUCAUUUACUGAAAUAUACCCUCGAUAGUUUGCUGUUCUUUGAAAUCAGUUUAUGUUAGUAAGUUGUGGAACUCUUAACAUAUUUUUUUAUAUGUAAUCUAUAUUAUGAAUGGAUACAGAGUAUGAAUUGUGGAAUGUAAUAAACGUAUGAAGUGAUUGAGAUGGAAA